AUAAAAGAGAACCCUAAGGAACCGUUUUGUCGCAUUCGAGCGAGCCCAAGCCCGCAACGCUGUCAGCGAACUAGGCGAGGCGACUCCGGCGAGAAGAAGCAGCAUGCCGAAGCGGACGACGCACACGUACUCGAGCGAAGAUGCGGCGCCGGACGGUCCCGAUUCCGAUCUGUUCGUCUACUACUGCAAGCACUGCAGCUCUCACGUGCUCAUCACGGAUACUCAAUUGCAGAAGAUGCCUAGGCGAAAAACCGACAAAGCACAUGUACUGGACCAGAUGAAACAUCUUUCUAGGCUGAACGUUAAGGAGGCAGGAAAAGUUCUUCUAAAGCGUGGUGAAGGAAAACUGGAAAAGCAAUAUCGCAUGAACUGUGUCGGUUGUGAACUUUUUGUUUGUUACCGUUCUGAAGAAGUUUUGGAACAUGCCUCUUUCAUUUAUAUUGUUGAUGGCGCACUGAGUUCAAUUGCUGCAGAAACAAACCCACAGGAUGCUCCUGUACCCCCAUGCAUAUCUCAGUUGGAUGGUGGCCUUGUUCAAGUAGCAAUAGAAGUAGAAGAUCGUGCUCAACGAUCAGCCAUAAUAAGAGUCAAUGCUGAUGAUGUUCGAGUUACCAUAGCUGCUCCAGCUGCUAGAGGAGAAGCUAACAGUGAGCUUUUGGAAUUCAUGGGCAAGGUGUUAGGCUUAAGAUUGAGCCAAAUGACCCUACAGAGAGGAUGGAACAACAAGUCAAAGCUUCUCAUUAUCGAGGAUUUAUCUGCAAGGCAGGUUUACGAAAAGUUACUGGAAGCCGUGCAGCCUUGAGACAUGUAAAUCCCAUGGAAACAGCACAACAUUAGGUUUAUUAAGCUUAUACAAAAUUAUUUCUGUGAUGGUUGUUAUUUUCCAGAUAAUUGUUCUUUGAUACUUGAUCUGUAGCAUAUCACAAAUUCUGUUUUCUGGUUCUUUUUUGCAAUAUUAUCCCAUCUUGAAGUGAAA